GUCAGUUUUUGGUUUAGAAACCAAACAGAAUUAUUUUAAUCAUUAUUUUUAUCCAUCAGGCCACUGCUGUAGCAAUGCAUCACUUCAUUUCCUUCGCUUUUACACUGUUGGCCUUUAUUGGGCUGCAUGUGAGUGUUCAGUCCACAGGAAGACGUUCUGAGAGGAGCAUCGAAAGAUCUUUUGUAUCGACGCUGACUGUGACAAAUGGACUGGAGGGGGGGUUGUGGGGUCAAAGGGAAUUUUGUCCAAGUGGAACGUACGCCGCAGGGUUUAGUUUGAAGGUGGAAGAACGUCGUUUUUUGGACAACACAGCACUCAAUGGGAUUCGUCUUUACUGUGUCAGUCAGACCAAAGACUUAUUAGACUCAAAUGAGGACACCUCUGUUCAGUCCGAUGUAGGAAGCUGGGGUGAGUGGACAGAAGUCAAAUGGUGUCCUUCUGGAUUCUUGACAGCUUUCCAGCUGAGAGUCGAAUCUUCCCAUGAAUUUAAAGAUAAUACUGCAGCAAACAACAUCAGAUUCAACUGCAGUCAAGGUUCUUUCCUUCAGGGUGACGGCACAGACUGGGGCGAGUGGGGCGACUGGAGCCCAUUUUGUCAGGGAAAAGGGAUGUGUGGUAUCAGGACACGGGUAGAAGAGCCACAGGGAUACUUCGGAGAUGACACCGCUCUCAAUGACGCACGCAUGUUCUGCUGUGAUUAAGGUGUAGGAGGAUGAAAACAAGAACAGCAAGAAGACCAAAUGGAUUGUAAUAAUUGAUCAUCAUACUAUGAUAAGCUAACAUGAACCAUGUCAUAAAACAGUUUUGUAAGGGAUAAUUUUAUUCCUUCUAGUAAGUUUCUUCUAUUCUUCUAAAGACUCCUGAACUUCUGCUGUCAGUAAAAAUGGGUGUCAAAUAUAUCAGCAUUAAAGACUUUCUGAACAGAA